CUGCUGUGGCUGAGCUACUGCAAUUAAACAAUACAACGUUUAACACAAAGUUUCUGAUCGACUUUCUUCUCCAGUCGACGGUCAACAUGAGUAACAUGGAUAUUAUUUCAAAUAUAAUAAUAUUACAGAUAUUGUCGAAAAUAUCCCUAAAAAGAUGCAGCGGCGACGACGAGGGCGUUGCGUUCUCAUGGCUAGUGACGCAAAGUUCCCGCCAGUGUGAACGCGGACUGAGCUGUGCGCUGCUGGAGAGAGAGAAAGAGAAAGAGAGAAAAGUUAUUGAGGAAUAACUAUUGAUAUUCUCUGUCGUUUAUUUUAUCGGCCUUCCAAAAAAAGAUUUACUGGUAAAUAAUGCCGUCGUCUCACGAUUGGAUAAACAAGCCAUUGGGCGUUGUCGAAGCGAUGUUUGCCCAGAGCAACUCUAACCCAGAAUGGGAAGCAAAAGUGUUGGAAUACUUCAAAGGGCAACUGAAGGAAAAGGAAUCUCAUAGCUGGGUUCCUUCCCUAAAUGAUGUGCCCUUGCACUACUUGAAGCCCAACAGCCUUGUGAAAUUCCGUUGUUUGGUCCAAGACAUGUUUGACCCAGAGUUUUACAUGGGAGUGUAUGAGACUGUGGACCCCUCAACCAAGGCCAAUGUGUUGAGAUGUGGGAAGUACAAAGAUGUCACAGAAUGUGGGGUGGAUUUGAACUCCAGAAACACUGUGACUGCAGAGAGACAGACCUUCUAUUGUGUCCCUAUUCCAGGAGAGAGCCCUUGGGCUAAAGAGAGCUAUGGCUGUUCUAGUCAGGCAAGAGUUGUCCCAUCCACCUCCUAUGUCCCAAGCAGACAGAAGCGCAGUUACGAAGAGGACGACGACAUGGACACACAACCCCAGAAGCAGAGAGAACCACACACAGAGCCCCAUGGCAACGGGGACUCCAAGCGGCAGGAGACCGAAGCCCCCUCCAGCCAGACAACUGCCCCCUCAGACUGUUCCUCCCAUCUGGACCUCAACUUUCCCCUGCCAGGGGAGAGGGGCCCAGCCUGUCUAGUGAAGGUCUAUGAGGGGUUGGACAGCUUCAAACUGAACGACACACUGGAGAUCUACGGGAUUCUCUCCGUCAACCCAGUCCUGACUGUGCUGGGCGAAGAAAAAGACCCCUCGUUGUUGCUGCUAAACCCCACCGAGAGUAUGGAGACUCCAGAGGAACAGAGAGCUCAUGACCCCCCUGCUUCCCUGGUUCCCCGUCUCCACAUGCUGUACGCCCGCCCCCUGCAACACAACAACCCUCUUCUGCCCUCUGCUCCCACAGAGGACCAAAGCGCCUUUGUAUCCUCUUUCCUGGUUGAGAUGGCAUCGGUGAGGGCAGAGCUGCUCGCUUACCUCACCCAUGUUCUUCUGGGAGACGGACUGGCUGCCGAGUACCUCUUACUGCACCUCAUCUCUAACGUGUAUACCAGGCGGGAUGUCCUGCCUUUGGGUAAAUUCACCCUGAAUCUGAGUGGCUGCCCGCUCAACUCCUACACAGAGCGACUCUAUCAGAUCGUCCAACAGCUGGUGCCUUGUUCAUACCGUCUCAGUAUGAGCCUCCACACAAUGAACAGCAUGCGUCUGGUGCCUAAGAAGGACUAUGUGGCCAACCGGCUGGUGAGUGGAGCCUUGCAGCUGGCCAGGAACACCUCCCUCUUCCUUGAUGAGACGCAGCUGGAGCAGGGUCAACUGGACAGCUCAGGUGUGCGGAACAUCACUGCCCUGGGGAACCUGAUCUCUUGGCAGAAGGUUGAUUAUGACUUCAGCUACCACCAGAUGGAAUUCCCCUGCAAUAUUAACGUGCUCGUCACAUCAGAGGGCCGAUCGCUGCUGCCGUCAGACUGCCAGGUGCCCCUACAGCCCCAAGUGACCCCACCCAACAUGGAGGAGUAUCUCACUACCAUCCACAUGGCACAGUUCACCUCACAGAUUAACAAGUUCCGUGUGUACCUGAGUCUGGCCCGUACCCUCGACUACAGCAUCUCUGAUGAGGUCACCAAGGCAGUUGAGGAUGACUUUGUUGACAUGCGCAAAGAUGACCCCCAGAGCGUCACCGCAGAGGACCUGCAUAGGAUGCUUGUCGUCGCAAGGUUGCUCUCCUUAAGUUUGGGACAGACCACCCUUUCCCGAGAUGGAUGGAUGAGAGCCAAGCACAUAGACAUGCUUCGCAGGAGCAGGACCGAACAACAGAAGAGUCUCAAUGGCAACGAGCCUUAAUCACAAACACCCCAUCCGGUAUGGAUAUAAAAAAAUAUGUUAUGUGGAACAAACAUUUUUCAUUUUGAUACCAGAAGAGCAAUUUCUUUUUUGAAAAGUUCAACUUAAUAAAACUUAUGUACAAAAGUUUUUGUUCUUUUUGCGUAGCACUGGGAUUGUAUUUAGCUUUUUUUGCUUCAGUGUUGGGAGAUCAGGUUAAGCUUUUUAUCAGUUAUAUUUUCAAUUUCUUGAUAAGAACAUUUUAAAAUCCUGGCAAAAUAAAUGACAGGACUAAUUGUUACUGUGGGAUGUUUUCAGUGCUUUGUAUAUUACUGCCUUGAACUCCAUUGAAGUACUGUUUACGUUUGGGAUUCAAUCCAGGUAAAUUUGAACACAACGCAGAAUAUGCUAAACCAAUGUUGACUUUCCUCCCCUUACUCUAGACCAAAUGUUGUAGGUUUUAGAUGAACAUGUUGGAUCUGGUACUGAAAGUAUAUGUAAAUAGGGCAUUUUGAGAUCAUAUUUUAUUCUCCCCAUCUUAUGCCUGAAAGUUCUCAGGAGUCAAUACAUUGAUCAUGAUUUGCCAAAUGACCUUCCCCAAAAUGUAAUUCUUGCUUUAUGGGAUCAGUUUGUGAAUGAUUGUUUGACUCAUUAAAAUAUGGAUAGCUUGCCA